UUGAUGACAUGAUCUCCAUCUUUCAUCCCAAGGCCUAUGCGUCUACAGUCAGUAUGACCAUAGGCCUAUACCUAGUACCAAGACAGUGACCGCUGGACAACCGUGCCGACAUUCCCAAAUCAAGGAUAAGAGACCAUUCAUAAUGACAGGAACAGUGUCCGCCAACCCCAACUUCGAUGUCCAAGAGGCAUGCGAACAACUCGAAAAGGCCAUGAAGGGCGCCGGAACGGACGAGGCCAGACUCAGCACGGUCCUCGCCAGACACAGCAACGCUCAGCUCCAGGAGAUCAAGAGCAAAUACCAGACUAUGUAUGGAAAGAUCCUUGAGGAUGAACUCAAAAGUGAGUUGACCGGUAAAUACGAGACGCUAGCGCGAGCCCUCAUCAAAGAACGCCAGGCGUACGAGGCGGAGAUCGUCCACAAGGCUGUGUCCGGCGCCGGGACAGACGAGAGAGACCUCAUAGACCUCAUCUGCUCAAAGAACAAUGAGGAGAUCACGGCUCUCAAGGAGCAAUACAAAAUACAUUACCACAAGGACCUUGUGAAGGAUGUAGCUGGUGAUACGAGCGGUUACUUCAAGCGGGUCCUGGUGGCCAUGUUGGGUGGAAGCAGGGACGCAGAGUCCGAGCCCGUCAGCAACGCUAAGGUACAGGAGGACGUGGAGAAUUUCAUCAAGGCCGGAGUUGGUGUCGGUACAGACGAGAGUGUGUUUAACGAGAUCCUCUGCGCACGGAGCCACGCCCAUCUGAGGGUGUUCUUCAAGGCUUUCGAGGCCCAGAAGGGGAAGCAUAUCAUUGAGGAGAUCAAGGGAGAGACCAGCGGAGACUACGAGGACUCCCUACUCGCUGUCGUAAAGACAAUCGAAAACAAGAAUGCGUACUUUGCAGAGCGUCUUUUGAAGUCGAUGAAAGGUGUAGGAACUGAUGAUGAGAAUCUCAUUCGGUUGGUUGUCUGCCGAUGUGAGAUCGAUCUCGCCGACAUCAUCGACGAAUUCAAUAGGAACUAUGGUGACGGCCAGAGUUUCAGCGAGUGGGUGGAAGGAGACACUAGUGGGGAUUAUGGUGACCUACUCCUCGCUGUUGUAUCAGAGUGA